AUGCUCGCAUGUUUCCAAUGCAUUCCAUUUGAUGAGAUUCUUCAUCCAGGUACGCAUCCCGAUGCUAUCUGUAUCAGCAAACUCGUCCUUCUCAUAGGGCCAUCUGUCCUCAACAUCCUGGAAGACUUCUACAUCCUCAUCCUCCCCAUACAUACAGUCUUGAAACUCCAAAUGUCAGUUCGGCGCAAAGCAGCAGUACUGGGAGUCAUGGCCUUUGGCAGCAGUUCCGUCAUUAUUGCGUGUUUCCGACUCAUACCUCUCAUGGAGCUAAACAACUCGCCGGAUACAUCAUGGGUGCUUGGAAAGAUGGUCAUUGUUGCUGCGCUCGAGAUACAAUUUGCUAUCAUCGCCGUCAACUUGCCAAGUCUUAAAGCACUUUGGACGCGAGUAGCGGGCGGACCUUCAUACGGAUCAGGAGGAGGAGAGCGAGGUAGUUCGAAGCAGAAAGGGUACAAACUAUCUUCACUUGGCCAGAUCAUAACGAUUGGUUCAGAGGGAAAGGGCCCGAGCGGAUCGAAGUGGGGGAACAGGGCCCAUAGAGGAAGUAUCACACGGUUGGAACAAGGGGUUACUGCGACAGAGUCGGAAGAGGAGUUGUGCCGACAAGGUAACAUACCAUUACGGACGCUGAACUCAGCUCAGGAGGGUGAGCUUGGUACGAUCAAGGUUACAAAAGACUACGAUGUGAAGAGUACACGAGUAGGUGGAGACGACACUAACUCGGGUUAUUUCUUGAAAGGGGUAUAA